UUUGAGUAUUGUAAAUGGUGUAGAGAGGAAAAAGGCGUUUAGGGAGCCAUCGUGGUUCGUGGAGGCGGAGCGAGGAGCCGCAUUGCCUGGCGGUGUUGGAACAGUCAUAUGUCUGUCCUAGUGGUCCCGGCGAAAAUGGCGGGGGAUCAGCAGCAAUUUCAGCAACUUUUGACUGGAUUACUAAGUGGGGAUAACAAGAUCCGACAGCAGGCCGAGAACACGUAUGACCAAAUUGCUGCAGACACAAAGUUUCAAUUACUAUUAACGAAUGUGGUAAACAAAGCGACCAGUGAAGAUGCUCGUACUAUGGCAGCAGUUCUCCUUAGAAGGCUUCUUACAACCAAUUUUGAUGAGGUUUUUCCCACAUUGCCACCAGAAGCUCAAGGGCAAGUUAGAGCACAGCUCCUAGCAUCUGUACAACAGGAGGAGGAUGCAAGUAUGCGUAAGAAACUUUGCGAUAUUAUCAGCGAACUCGCACAUAAUAUGAUCGAUGAUGAGGGCAACAAUAAAUGGCCCGAGUUCCUUCAGUUCCUGUUUGAAAGUGCAAGUUCCCCAUCCAUUGCUCACAAAGAAAUUGCACUAACACUCUUCAGCUUGGUACCAGGAGUAUUUGGCAAUCAGCAGCAGCAACAUUUGGGGAUGAUAAAAGCUAUGCUAACCACCUCUCUGGCAGACAAUACUAACGUUCCUCUCCAGGCUCUGGCAGUCAAGGCCACCGCAGCAUUUAUUCUCCUGCAUGACAAUGAGCCAAAUAUUCAGAAGAACUUUGCAGAUCUUCUCCCUCAGUUUCUUCAGAUCAUUGCCAAUAGCAUCCAGAUGGGUGAAGAUGAUGGUCUUCUGAAGUGCCUGGUGGAUUUGGCUGAAAGCUGUCCAAAAUUUUUAAGACCACAAGUGGAAACUAUAUUACAACUUGCAAUUAAGGCUUUACCAGAUCCUAAUGUUGGUGACAGUUGGAAGCACCUUCUCCUCGAGGUGGUGGUAACGCUGGCCGAGACUGCUCCUGCAAUGGUACGCAAAGCUGGAGCCAAGUACAUGAACACGCUCAUACCUCAAAUGCUCAAUAUGAUGACUGAUUUGGAGGAUGAAGAGGAAUGGAGUAUAAGUGAUGAACAAGCUGAAGAAGACAAUGACAGCAAUUCUGUUGUGGCCGAGUCAUCUCUAGAUCGCCUUGCCUGUGGUCUUGGUGGCAAAACAGUAUUGCCACACAUAAAUGCAACAUUGUCCCAGAUGUUACAAAGUGAUAACUGGAAAUGUCGACAUGCUGCACUAAUGGCGAUAUCAGCUGUUGGGGAAGGAUGUCAUAAACAAAUGGAAGGCAUGCUGCCACAGAUUAUGGAUGCAGUUAUUAGAUUCCUGCAAGAUCCCCAUCCCAGAGUUCGAUAUGCUGCUUGUAAUGCAAUUGGGCAGAUGGCAACAGACUUUGCACCCAUUUUUCAGAAGAAAUUCCACGAAAUUGUUGUUCCAGGCCUUUUGCACGUCAUGGAUGAUGGUGUAAAUCCACGUGUUCAGGCGCAUGCAGGGGCAGCUCUUGUCAACUUCUCAGAAGUUUGUCCAAAGAACAUCCUCACUACAUACCUUCCCACAAUUAUUGCGAAGCUGGAGAGUAUUCUUGCUGCAAAAUUUAAAGAGUUAAUGGAGUGUGGUACGAAAUUAGUGUUAGAGCAGGUUGUAACUACCGUUGCAUCUGUUGCUGAUACAGCCGAGGAGAAAUUUGUUGAAUAUUAUGAUCGCUUCAUCCCUUGCUUGAUGUACAUCAUUGAAAAUGCCAACUCGACAGAUUUAAGGCUUCUUCGAGGAAAGACUAUUGAAUGUGUAUCGCUGAUUGGUCUUGCAGUUGGAGCAGAUAAGUUCUUGACAGAUGCUGGAAAGAUGAUGGAUCUGCUUCUAAAAGCCCAAACUAACCGCGAAGAAAUGGCUGAUGAUGAUCCACAAGUCUCCUACCUCAUCUCUGCCUGGGCUCGGAUCUGCAAGAUUAUGGGAAAACGCUUUGAGCCAUACCUCCCACUAGUUAUGGGACCAGUCUUGAAGACAGCCUCUCUAAAACCAGAGGUCGCACUGUUAGAUAAUGAAGAUAUGAAUGCAGUGGAUGGCGAUGAUGAUUGGCAGUUCGUAUCCAUCGGGGAGCAGCAGAAUUUUGGCAUUCGUACAGCUGGGCUAGAGGAGAAAGCCACUGCAUGCCAAAUGCUUGUAUGUUAUGCUAGGGAACUAAAGGAAGGUUUUGCUGACUAUACAGAACAAGUUGUGAAAUUAAUGGUUCCAAUGCUUAAAUUCUACUUCCACGAUGGUGUAAGGACAGCAGCAGCAGAAUCUCUCCCAUUCCUGUUGGAAUGUGCAAAGAUAAAGGGCCCACAGUACUUGGCUGAAAUGUGGCAAUAUAUGUGCCCCGAGUUAUUGAAAGCAAUAGAGACAGAACCUGAAAGUGAAGUGUUGUCAGAACAUAUGUAUGCCAUGGCAAAGUGCAUAGAGGUUCUAGGUAUGGGUUGUCUUACAAAUGACCAGAUCAAUGAGCUUAUUAGAAUUGUUGAUAAAUCUCUUAAGGAACACUUUGAAAGGGCUGUAAAAAGACAAGAGCAACGGAAAGAUGAAGAUUAUGAUGAGGUUGUAGAAGAGCAGCUUUUAGACGAGGACGAUGAAGAUGUGUAUGUCUUGAGCAAGGUUGCCGACAUCACGCAUGCACUAUUUGCUGCGUAUGGUCAACAUUUCUUCCCCUUCUUUGAUGCACUUCUUCCUCACUUUGUAAAGCUAUUGGGUGAUGACAGACCAUGGCCAGAUCAUCAAUGGGGACUCUGCAUUUUUGAUGAUGUUAUUGAAUAUGGUGGCCCAGCAUGUGACAAGUACACUGAUCAUUUUCUUCAGGCAUUGCUGAAGUUUGUAGCAGAUAAACAAGGGGAAGUACGACAAGCAGCUGCUUAUGGUUGUGGUGUCUUGGGUCAGUUUGCUGGUCCAGCAUUUGCACCUGUGUGCGCUCAAGCCAUUCCUCUCUUGGUGCAAGUUAUUCAAAACCCAGAUGCUCGCAAUGAAGUCAAUUUGAACCCCACAGAGAAUGCUAUUGCUGCCGUUACAAAAAUUCUUAAAUACAAUGCAUCGGCAAUCAAUGUCGAUGAGGUAAUUCCAGUUUGGAUGUCAUGGUUGCCUGUUUGGGAAGAUACAGAUGAAGCUCCACAUGUAUAUGGAUAUCUGUGCGACUUGAUUGAUGGGAAUCAUCCACUUGUCCUAGGACUAAAUAAUUCUAAUUUACCAAGGCUAAUGGCCAUCUUCUCAGAGGCAUUUAGGAGGGAAGCAGUGGAGAAAGACGCAGAUGUAACAAAACGCAUGCUCAACAUUGUUCGACAAUUACAAGCCAACCCAGACAUGUUCCAGGCAUGCAUAAGUCAGUUAACGCAAGAGCAGCAAGUUGCACUGCACCAAUAUCUUACCACGUAGUUCAUUAUUCUUAUCUAUAGGCCUUCAAUUGUUUAGCUUUGUUUCAGUUUAUAAUAAAGCAUGUUAUACAUUUGCUACAAUAAGAAUUGAAAAAGUUGAUAGUGUACCUUUGCUAUUAUAUCCAGAGCACGAUGCAUCUUCAGAGAAUCACCUGCUGCAUAAUUUUAUUGUCACUUAUGAGGUUUCCUUUGAUGCUAAUGCCAUUAUAGGUUUAUUUUUGUAAAUUAUUCCUUAUAAGGUUUAUUGCAUCACUCUUUACUGAGGUUGAAGUUCAGGUGAUAUAGCUUUUACAAGGCAGCCAUUAUGUUUCCCUUAGUGAAAUAACUUUAAUAAUGUGAUUUGGAAGAAAGAAGAUAUGAUAAUGUUUGUUGUUAUCUGAAAUUGUUUAUAAGUGAUAUUUGAUAUUUAGUAAUAAGUAAAUUUCAAAAUAUUACACAAAAGUUCGCAUUGUUUUUGUUCAUCAGAGAUAUUUAGAAUAGUUCAUAACAGUAAGUUUGCUCUGAUAUUUUAAUAUCAUACACUGCGUGUAUAGUAAAAUAUAUAUUUAUAGGUAGAGAAUUUUUCCUACCGAUUCCAUUUUUUGAUUGGAGGGUUAUUUAGGGAAUGGGUAGCACCUUAUAUUUUCAUUUGGUCGUAGUAUGAAGCGUGAUUUUCAUGGACUCUGAUGGUUUUGGGAACUAUUUUACCCAAGCACAUUUUUUUCUGGAUCUUGAAAUAAUAGAUGUGGUGUUCGUGAAUUUAUUCACUUGCUGUCUGAAUAGCAAAGAAUUUAUUUAUUAUGGAUCAUUCCAAAUUGUGGUAGUAGCUACACGGGUGACUGCGGUGGUCUAGUGUCCCUAAGUGCACAUUCAUCCCUAAAAAAAAAAAAAUACUAUCUAGGGACAAUUUCACAGCAUUGGCACAGUGUCCCUCUUAUAUGCCAGCUUAACCUUGUUAGUAAAAUACUCUGGUUUGGGAUAUGAUAAUGCGUGUAAUUCUUAUUUAUAUUGCUGUUUUCUAUCGAAAACUAGUGUAAUCCAGUGAUAUUUAAUAUAAAAAUGCCCGUUACCAUAGCUUAUCUGUUAUGUGAGAUGAUGUCUUUGUUACAGAUUUGUAUGGGUUAACAUUCGUAUUUGGAAUAUAUAUUUUGUGAAAUUGUAUUAACAUGGGUAGGUAUGAUAACUUACUCUUUUUGUCUUGUAUGGCAAUGUACUCUGGAUAAAAAAUACUUUUUGUGGGUGCUCUGCCUUUCGCAGACUUUAUUAUCAAUUGUUGCUUGUUAUGUCUGUCAGAAAGAGAAAAAAAAAUGCAAAUAUUCUUAGUGUGGCUUGCUAUGUCUGGAUAUUUGUUGUUGGAAUUUAAAGUUUCAUAAUGGUACUUUAUUUUCUUGAUAUUAAAAUUGGCAGUCCAGUAAAACAGAAAUUGUGUGGUUAUUGACAGUGGUUAAUCAUUAUUUAUUUUUUCUCAUGACAUGAAUGGUCUGAAGCCUAAAGUAAAAUGUGAACGUUGAUCUUAGGCCUAGUUAGUUUUUGAGUCGGUCAUUUUGGAAGCAGAGCACCUUUAACACAUCAGUAUAAGUACCAAAGAAAAGCUUGCGGAAUCCCGUAGUUUGGUGUCUUUUUAACAUUAUCCCAAAUUCUGGAACUCCUUCAGCUUACUUCUUACCAAACUAUCUUGCUCACGUGUCUAGUUACUCUGAGGAGACUUUUAGGUACUUAGUGUUCAAUAAUUAAUUUUUGGAAUGGAUUAAUUAUGACAAACUUAUAAAAUACUUCCAUAUAAAUUUCAUACUUUAUAAUUUCACAACCAACCAGUUUUGAGGUUUCAAUUUGACUACCUCUCCUAUUUUUCUGCUCUGUGAGUAGAGAAUUUUCUUGCCUUAUAGAAAGUUGUGUGGUGGUUUGGCUGAGAGUGCCACUUAAAUGUAAGAAUUAUUGCUGAAGUAGUGGUGUGGAAUUUGGUGGUUCGUACCUCUGCAUGUCACACUGUCUCAGGUCCCAACUUCUGAUGCUGCUCUUCCCUGGUCAUGUGCUGUGGGCCUAUUUUUAUACAUAUCUAGCCAGCUCGCAUCUAGGGGUUUUGUAGAAGCUUGAGAAGUAGGGAUUCACACAAUCACUCGUUUCAUUACAGUUUAUGUACCUCGGAAUAAUAAUUUGGGGCCCCCUAUCAUUUGCAUUGUACAUAUAUAUCUUUGGUUGUCUGGCUCCUUUGUUAUUCUGUGAGCUUGCACAUACCCUCUCCAGUUCUUUUGUGUGUUCCAGGGUAAUUUGACAGUCUUGAGUCUCGUAGCAUGUUUCUUUCCAGUCAGCCCUCGGUAGCUAGUUAUUUCCAAAAACAAGUAGAGUAAUUUAGGAAGAUUCUUACAGGCAUUACGGUUAAAAGAUCUGCCUAAUGCAGGAUAUAUAUGCAUUUCUUUAUAGAAACGAAUUGUAAUUUUACCCAUUAAAUAAAAAGUGGAAUGUAGUAAAAUACAUGGAUAUCACUCAAUAUGCUAGAUGUUGCCAGAAUUUUGUGCUCAUAAGCUUAAAGAUCUAUGCAUGAGUGGCUGGCUUUAAUAAAGGGUUAUGUAGACCAUUUGUUGACAAUUAUAACAGAAUAUUUAAAGCAUUUAAAGAAUUUUAAUACACUUAUUGGCUGUCUUGGGCAAGUUGUGAUAAUUUCCAAACACACUUUCUGAUCAAGACAUCCAUUAAGGUAUUUGCAAUAUUUGAGACCACUGCUCCUUAAAUGAACUUAAUUUUUUUAGAUUGAGAGCCUCGUGGCAAAUACGUUUGAGGCCUAUUGUAAAUAAACUUCCACUCCGUAUCAAUAAAUUGUAUCAUCUGC